AUGUUGGCCGCUGCAAUUGUGCUGUCGUUUGGCAGCUUGGUCGCUUCCUUUCCUUUCGACCUACCCAAUGUCAACCUGCCGGUCCACGGCCUCGCCCGACGGAAUGGCAACACCGGGGUCAUCCUAGCAAGCGAUUGUGGCUCGCCAUGCGAGAUCUACUUCUCUGCAUUCUCAACGACACUGACUGUGUCCGUCCCCCCACAAACAAUGACUGUGGCGGGCGCCGUCAAUCCAGUCAAGGUGACAUUCACCCCAAUUACAACCACGACAACAAUCCAGCCAUCCGCCCAGACGGUGGAUAACUCCUACCCAAAAGCAACACCCACCAUCGACAUCAUGGACAUCGAAAUGGAAUUGGAACCCAUCGAGGUCGAUGGCUCAUCUAUCGAGGACGUUGAAAUGGAAGACGGUACACAGAUAGAGUACACCGUCACCUCGCAGGUCCAGCUCAUCGCAGGCCCAGACCAGAGAGUCACCUACUCUCGCAUGAACCCAUACGACCUGGGGAACAACUGUGCAUUCUUCACCAUGUCGAAGCUGAUGAACAUGGACCUACAGUCAUUUUUGACGAUGAUUGACGAGAUGCAGGAGUUGAAUUCCGGGUUGUCGAGUGCGCACGUCAAGGCUAUUUUGCAAAGAAUCCCCCGGGAGACGUACUUUGAGGAGGUUGCGUUCGGAGACACGUUACAGGAUAUUUCUGACCGGAUGAUGAAUCCGGAUCAAUUGGGGGUCUGUUACCUGCGUGAUGACAAUUCUGGGCAUUGCGUUGUGUAUCGGAAUGGGAAGUUCUAUGAUUAUCAGGAGAGUGAUGCGCCUAUUGGAGAAGUGGAUGAUGGGGGCGAGGACAUUGCGAGUAUGAUUCAGCCGAGGGUGGUGGUGGGAGGGAGGACUACGGGGUUUGUCUUUGCCAUCGGGGAGGAGUAA